CCUAGCUUGACAAAACUCCAUUGGAGUCGCACAAUGUCCGCUCCACAGCGCUAGAAAUUGGCUCCAUUUCAGUAUUUUCUGUCUCCUUCUCUAAUGGCGCAUGGAGGUUAUGGGAAACGAAGAGUCCCUGAAGCUAAUAGUAAUAGAAACCGGCGACCCAAAUCAUUAGGUGUUGAGAAGAAGUCUAAGUCUAAGGCUGUUUCAAUCAAAAAUCAAAUUCGUUCCGUCGAACGCAUGCUCCGUAAAGAUCUGCCUCCUGAAAUUAGAGAAGUUCAAAAACAGAAGUUGGAGGAACUCAAAAAGCAGCAAGAGCUUCAGAAUCGUCUGGCUGUAGAACGCAAAAUAUUUCUUCGCAACAGGAAGGUUAAGUUUUUUGAUAGAAGAAAAAUAGAGAGAAGAAUAAGACGUUUGGAGAAACAGCAGCGCACUUCAUCUUGUAAGGCCCAAGAAACUGAAAUUGCUGAACAACUUGCUAAAUUGAAGGAGGACCUUGAGUAUGUUCGGUUCUUUCCCAAGAAUGAGAAAUAUGUAUCCUUGUUUUCGGGAGGUGACGAGCAAGAUAUUGUUGACAAAAGAUGUAAAUUACGGGAGCAAAUCAAAGCCAAUAUAGUUGCUGCUGCCGCAAGUGGGAAAGAUUUGGAAGAAACAGGGAGCGAAGAUGAUGGGCUUCUUGAUUUAAGUGAUGAUGAUUUCUUUGAAAGUGGAAGCUCAAGUGAUGAUGCUGAUGACGAGUGGACUGAUAAAAGUGCAAGAGAACAAGCUUCUAGUGCAUCUGGGAAAGCAGCUUCUAGCAUGUCCAGCGAUGAAAAAAAUCAGAAGCAAAUAUCUGCCCGUGCUCUAAUGCCACCACCUCGUCCUUCGAGCAAGUCUUUUAGUCAUUCAGCAAAUAAAAAAUCACGGUUUGGAGGAUCUACAAGUAAGAAAUCAUCUUUCCGUGACAUGUCAACCUCCAGCAACACAUCAGAUAGCAUUAAUAGAUCUACCUUCAGAAAAGGAAGACCUGCAGAUUCACUCACAGGCAACAGUGGAAAUAUCAGCUCCAACUCUGAUGCUCGAAAACCCCGAAGAAAGAGGAGACCGAAGAAGAAGAAACAACAGGCUUGAAUCAAGUUUCCAUAGCUCCAAAUACAUUUGUUGUACCAGAGUUGUGAGGACAAUUGAAAUGCCUCUUAAAUAUUGCAAGAAUUAGAUCGCAAGUUGUAAGGCUACAUAUAUUUGAAUGACAUUUGUUUGAUAUUUUGUUUUCAUUUUACUAUUGUAAUCACUGCUUUAAUCUCCAU